GCUGGCAGGUUAUUAGCCAGGUAGAAAACUGCCAAAGGGCAGGGUUUGGGGUGGCAGACUUUUAGUUAUACUUCUGUUCCUCUCUCCUGGUUCCCCAGAAUCAGGAAGGUGAUGGGUUGAACCAGAGGCCAGAGUGGAGACGGAUCCUCUUAUUCGCUGUUUAACCUGGGGCAAAACACUUAACUUCUCCACGCCUGUUUUCUCAUCUGUAAAAUGGAAAUACUGCUCUUACUGGCUGGCUGUGUGGAUUAGGAGAGAAGACCCAAAAGUAUGGAGCCCGGCAGCAGGCACGCAGUAAACACUCACUUGAUGGUAGUAGCUGUUGAGUUGUACUGUGAAAUUCAUUCUUUUAAAAAAGUUUUUAGAUACAGGUUGUAUUUAGAAUGUUGAAUUGGUAUUUCAAGAAAGUUUUGAUAUGUGAGGAAGGGAGAAGAAACUGAGUGUUUGAAAUGAUGGGGUGGGAACAGUGAGUAAAGAGUACUAUUAGUACUUCACCAGCGUCGAAAUAACAUCCGUUUCAUUUAUCUUGCUACAAAAAUGAAUGCAGUGAGCACAAGGAUUGAUCUAGAAGUAUCUGGCCUGUGAUUGAAAAGAUACUGAUACACUUCCUAGGCCUGGCAGCUAAAAUCAGAAGUGCGCUCAGUCGUCUCAACAUGCCCUCUGUUCUGUUGCUGGAGGCCAUCUGCAUUUUCUUGUUUGCUGGAGCGCCGGCCUGCCUCCCUCUCCAGGAAGUCCACGUGAGCAGGGAGACCCUUGGGAAGAUUGCAGCCGCCAGCAAAAUCAUGUGGUGCUCAGCUGCGCUGGAUGUCCUGUUUCUGAUAGAUGGCUCUUACAGCAUCGGGAAAGGGAGCUUUGAGAGAGCCAAGCACUUUGCCAUCACAGUCUGCAACGCUCUGGACAUCAACCCUGAGAAGGUCAGGGUGGGAGCGGCCCAGUUCAGUUCUGCUCCGUGGCUGGAAUUCCCCUUGGACUCCUUGUCAACCCAACAGGAAGUGAAGACAAAACUCAAGAGCAUGGUUUUCAAAGGAGGACCCACAGAGACAGGCCUCGCUCUGAAAUAUUUCCUGCGCAGAGGGUUCCCUGGGGGCAGAAACGCCUCUGUGCCCCAGGUCCUCAUCAUCGUCACUGACGGGAGGUCCCAAGGACACGUGGCCCUGCCAGCCAAGCAGCUGCAGGAAAGAGGGGUCACUGUGUUUGCCGUGGGGGUGCGCUUUCCCAGGUGGGAGGAGCUGCACAUGCUGGCCAGUGAGCCCAGGGAGCAGCACGUGCUGAUGGCUGAGCAGGUGGAAGACGCCACCAACGGCCUCUUGAGCAGACUUAGCAGCUCCGACAUCUGUACCUUCGCCUCUCCAGACUGCAAGGUCCAGCCUCACCCCUGCGAGCGCAAGACACUGGAGACAGUCAGGGAGCUUGUCGGCAACGCCCUGUGCUGGAGAGGAUCCCGGGGGACCGAUGGUGUGCUGGCUGCGCCCUGUCCUUUCUUCAGCUGGAAGAGAGUGUUCGUGAGCCACCCGGCCACUUGCUACAGGACCACCUGCCCAGGCCCCUGUGACUCGCAGCCUUGCCGGAACGGAGGCACGUGUGUUCCAGAAGGACGGGACAGGUACCAGUGCCUGUGCCCACCGGCUUUCAGAGGGCAGGCUGACUGCGCGCCGACGCUGAGCCUGGAGUGCAGAGUAGAUGUCCUCUUCCUGCUGGCCAGCUCGGCGGGCACCACGCUGGAGGGCUUCCUGCGCGCCAAGGCCUUCGUGAAGCGGUUUGCGCAGGCCUCGCUGAGUGAGGACACCCGCGCCCUCGUGGGCGUGGCCCGGUACAGCGGGGAGCUGGAGGUGGCAGUGCCCGUGGGCGAGUACCAGGACGUGCCCGACCUGCUCAGGAGCCUCGAUGCCAUCCCCUUCAGCGGCGGCGCCACCCUGACGGGCAGUGCCCUGCGGCAGGCGGCAGAGCGCGGCUUUGGGAGCGCCAGCAGGACCGGCCAGGACCGGCCCCGCAGAGUGCUGGUCCUGCUCACCGAGGCCCGCUCCCAGGACGAGGUGGCCGGCCCCGCGCGCCACGCCAGGGCCCGGGAGCUGCUCCUGCUGGGCGUGGGCAGCGAGGCCGUGCGGGCGGAGCUGGAGGAGAUCACAGGCAGCCCAGAGCACGUCAUGGUCUACACCGACCCUCAGGACCUGUUCAACCAGAUCCCGGAGCUGCAAGGGAAGCUGUGCAGCCGGCCGCAGCCAGGCUGCCGGGUACAGUCGCUGGACCUGGUCUUCACGCUGGACGCCUCGGCCUCAGUGGGGCCUGAGAAUUUCGCCCAGAUGCAGAGCUUCGUGCGAAGCUGCACCCUUGAGUUUGACGUGAACCCGGACGUGACCCAGAUCGGCCUGGUGGUGUAUGGCGGUGGCCAGGUCCAGACAGCCUUCGGGCUGGACAGCCACGUCGCCCGUCCUGCGGUGCUGCGGGCCAUGAGCCAGGCCCCCUACCUGGGCGGGGCAGGCUCAGCAGGCACAGCCUUGCUGCACAUCUAUGACCAGGUGAUGACUGUCCAGAGGGGUGCCCGGCCCGGCGUCCCCAAGGCCGUGGUGCUGCUCACCGGUGGGCGGGGGGCAGAGGACGCGGCCGUCCCUGCCCAGAAGCUGAGGGACAAUGGGGUCUCUGUCUUGGUGGUGGGCGUGGGGCCCGUCCUGAGCGAGGUGCUGCGGAGGCUUGCAGGUCCCCGGGACGCCCUGAUCCACGUGGCGGCCUACACAGACCUGAGGUUCCACCGGGACGCGCUCAUCGAGUGGCUCUGUGGAGAAGCCAAUCGGCCCGUGAACCUCUGCAGACCCAGCCCAUGCAUGAACGAGGGCACCUGCGUCCUGCGGAACGGGAAUUACCUCUGCACUUGCCGAGAGGGCUGGGACGGCCCCCACUGGGUCCUGAGAGGAGAUGCCCUCAGGGCACAAGGCUCCCGUCCACAGCCUGCAGGAGGGCAGCAGCCCGGCCCCUCCCAGCAACUCCCGAGAAGGCCCCGGCACCCUGGACGCUGAAAGGACGCCUGCCCUCGGCGCAGCAUCCCUGCUUGCGGGGUCCCCCGAGCAUCUGCCUCCAGCUCUGUCCAGAGCCCGCCUGCCCGCUCCUCCCCCAGGGAGAAGAGACGCCCCAGCUGUAGACAGUGCUGCUUCGGGACACGGUAGCAGCUGUUCUCACUUGCUAAUGAUGGUGUUGAAAACGCUCGACGUGUGAGUAAAUAUUUCCUUUCUGUAGCUAGUUGUGCCCUGUCGAGCUUGUCACCUCCCCCACCCCCAGGAGAAACAAAGGAACCUGGAGACUUUUGAUGGCCCGUGGGAAGCUCACUUGGCCCACAACUCAUGUUGGGACAGUAAUGCUCAAAAGGAGGCAGUGACUAGAGUGUCGUUCAGACCACUGAAGUGAUGGCAUCUCAAGAUGGAGAAAGUGCAGAACUUUUCACAAUCUUGCCCUAACGAUGUCCUGGAUGCAUUUGUUUUGUUUCAAAAGGGGCUUGAGCGGCAUUUGUGGCUCCUGGGGAGUGGAUCUGUGCGGGGCAGAGACUUGGAAAAGCCCCAGACUGGAACGUGCC